AUGGAAUCAGAAUCGGGAUUUGUUUGGGCUCUGAUUCAAUCGUUUUCCUUGGCUAAUAAAGACAUGUUCCGAAAAAAAAUGUUUGGCAAAGAUUUUCCAGUGAACCAUACAAAGAAUGAAGUGGAUUGGAACUCGUAUCGCCUGUCCUUACCACAGAUGGAAUCCCUUGCCAAUCACUCAACACACCUACGAGUUACCUGUAACUUCCCAACAGAUGGUCUGCAGUAUACCGACUACGCACGCGCCAAGCUGGAAGGUCACGACAUAUUUGACACCUGGAGUAAUAUGUGUCAGCUAUAUGAGUACAUAAACAUCCGGGGACAUGAGUGCUCUAACUGCACAGCCGGGACAAACCAAAUAGCUGGGAAAGCUUGGAGCAUUAAGAGUUACCAGAGUAAACUGGGAUGGGGCUGUGAUUUCGAUGGAAGUCCAGGGGCAAUUAAUAGUAACGAAAGAAACUUUGGCUAUUAUAGUUACGGUACUGUAAAUGCUGAUCACCGCUGUACCUCUUCGCCUUUGUCGACAACACAGCACUGGUUUGGAGCUAAGCAUGAGUGGUAA